GUGGAGAUGGAUGUGGAGAGCAACUGCAGUGGAUGCAGUUUUAUUUUUAUUUUUGUCAUUGCUUUGCUUAAGGUUGACGUUACAGGUUGUUUUAAGGAAUCAUAUCUCACAUGUUGCUGUCAGACAAUACUGUACAUAACUGAAUAUGUAUUAUUUUUUUCACCUUCUUUUAGCACAAAUUACUGCUCCUGUUAAAUAAUGUGUUGUUUAAAAUGUGAUAUUUUCCUAUGACCAAAACAAGUUUUAAUCUCUACAUGUACUUUCAGAUUAUCAAUUUUGGUUUUUUUUGUUUGUUUUUUAUUAAAUAAACUCUUCUGCACCUUUUGUAAGCAAUUUUGUCCUGAAAGCAUUGAUGGUUUUGAUGUGUUGCUGAAAAUAAACUUUCUACAGAACGGGAAAGGUGUGAACCAUUUGCACGUGAUUUGAAUAUUGAAAUCUCUCCGUUGUCCAAACGGGAAAUAGGAUUUUUUUGAAUUAUUCAAAUGAAAACAUUUACCUGCAGUAAAGGAAGUGCAAGCUUUCUGUGUAACCUACUGUCAGAGAAUGUUGUGUUAGUUCUUUGACAGGAGCCAUCCCAGUGACAGGUCAGUCUCCUGCUGCUGCCUUUAUGUUGCUCUCUGUUCAGUGAUUUCACUCUGCGGUGUUUACAGAAAGCUGUGCGUGUGUUUGUCAAAAGUAAUUACCUUCUGGUUCAGUACCUUCUUUUGUGUGGGAGUAAAUAAUUUUCUUUUUCAGACUACGCUUUGAUUGGACUGGUAAGAUGUUGUCCACUUAUCUCUGUCGCACUAUUGUCUGUAUCUAACCCACACACACACACACAGCUGUGUGUUCAAGGAUCUUUUCUGUUGUCACUGCUGGACCACAGUGCUACUUUGUUCUAAGGAUGACUCUCAUCUACAAUGUCCUGAUUGCAUUUGCCUCUCUGUGUCUGCUGAUAUUUCCUCAGUCUUCUUAUUGUGGAAAGGAGAGUGUGGAGUACAAAGGCAACUGCCAUUACAAUGAAAGUUUCACCCUUUUCAACUGUACAAACGGCUCCCAGAGUGUCGUCUCUGAAGAAAGAUACCUUUACUGCUAUAACAAGAUGUUGGCUAAAUACUGUGUUUGCGAACAGACUAAAAGCCAUGGAAGAGUGAAGUGCAAGGACAACAGCCACCGUUUAGUGUGCAACAACUGCUCAAGGUCUCUGGGAGGGUUGAGUUUCUCCUGCGUCGACUGUUACAAGAAGAAGUGCAGUGGGUGAAACAUCAUGAAACAUCAUCUAACUCCAAGGAGUGAAUGAAUGAAUGAAGGCUGAGACAUUUUACAGCUCAUAUAAUAAAAAUAAUGCCACGCUGCCACGCACAAAGAACGAUGC